AUGAAAUCCUUUAUGCUCAAGCCGGCCGGCACCGGCUCGACCAGCAAAAGUCACCAAAGCCACGGCAGCGGGUCGCCCUCCUUAUGGUCGUCGGCAAACUCAUCGGCAAACUCGUCGUCCUCGGGCUCGUCGUCGUCGACAGCGACGGCCAUCGUCUCCUCCUCGCUUUCCCACGCCAAGCUGGCCACCAGCGCCGCCUGGUCGGCCUGCAAGAAGACCACGCGGUCCACUUUCAAAAAGGGCACGUCGGCGCUGCACAUGAACGUGACGGACCGCAAGAGCCACAGCCCCGUGCUCGACUGCAACCAGGACCAGCCGCGGACGUACUGCAGCCCGUCGUCGCGCCGUGGCCGCCGCCUCUUCCCCUUUGGGGGCAACCGCCUGUCUAGCAAAGCCCGUUAUCGCUCGCUGGGCGAAGAGCUGGACAUUGGCGCCGACGACGAGGACCGAACUAUUUUCUCGGACCGGCCGUUUUGUGACCGUGUCGACGUGUACCAAAAGGGCUUUGACAGCACCGACUCCUACUACGGCUUUGAUGACGACGACGACGACAACAACAACAACAACUUUGGAAAGACGCAUAUCCGCGUCGUGCACACGCCGCUGUCCACAACGGCCAACGACAACGUCCAGGCCACGUCGACGGCGCGGCAUAUGCAGUUUGCCGCGGACGAGGAAGAGGAAGACGAUGAUGAGUGGUGGAGGGCGUAG